AGCUUGCGGGACGCCAUCUUUAAACCCCUCUAGAGAGGCCAACUACAGUAGAGACAUCAGCGGGAUGAAAAACAUUGGCCCUUCAACGGAUAAUAUACACAUUAUGUGAAAUGUUCGUCCCUUAGUUAAAUGGCAAGCUGGGUUCUGUGCGGUGGGACAGAAUGGACAAGAUGAGCGCUGCAGCCUUUUUAAGAAUGUUGUGAUCAUUGGUGGCUAACAACAAUAGGACGGAAAGACAACAACGGACUAGCAUGCUAACGUGCUAGCUAGCAUUAGCCACUCCAUCGGUAAACAUGCAAUUGUGCUUAUCUUCACCCGGACGCUGCUGAUGCUUAGCAUGACUUACUUGGAUUCACCCAAGGAGGCUUAAUAACAACGUGUCAUAUUUUAAAUCCACAAAACACGCCUCAAUUUUUUGGGUUGCUAGCAAGCUAAAAAGCUAAGUCCCGGCUUCUUCCCUCCUUUCCCCAAGCGGCCCGGCCGGAGAUGCGUGGAGGAUGUCGGUGUCGGGGCUGAAGGCCGAACUGAAGUUUUUGGAGUCCAUUUUUGACCCAAACCACGAACGCUUCCGGAUUAUUGAUUGGAAACCCGACGAACUGAGCUGUCAGUUCAAUGUAACAGGGGAGAAGCUGUUAAUUAUCCACUGUAACAUUACGGAGUCCUAUCCAUCUACGCCGCCUAUUUGGUUCGUGGACUCUGAUGACCCCAGCUUGGCGCAAGUCUUGGAACGUUUGGAAGAUGUGAGGAAAGGCAGCACCUUGCUGUUGCAGCAGUUGAAGAAGCUCAUUUGUGACCUCUGCCGGCUCUACAACCUUCCUCAGCAUCCUGAUGUGGAGAUGCUGGACCAGCCGCUACCCGCCGGUCCUGUGGGACAAGAGCGAAAGCAUGGAACAGAGGAAGUCACAUCAGAAGAAGAGGAGGAGGAAGAAAUGGGGGAGCAGGACAUAGAGGACCUGGACCACUAUGAAAUGAAAGAGGAGGAGCCGGUGGAGGGCAAAAAAUCUGAGGAUGACGGCAUUGAGAAGGAGAAUCUGGCCAUCCUAGAGAAGAUCCGGAAGAACCAGAGACAGGACCACUUGAAUGGAGCUGUGUCUGGCUCCGUGCAGGCCUCAGACCGCCUGAUGAAGGAGCUCAGGGAGAUCUACAGGUCUCAGAGUUACAAGACAGGCAUCUAUUCAGUGGAGCUAGUCAACGACAGCCUUUACGAAUGGCACGUCAAACUACGAACUGUGGAUCCAGAUAGCCCCUUACAUAGCGAUCUGCAAGUCUUAAAGGAGAAAGAGGGAAUGGAUUACAUUUUACUCAACUUCUCCUAUAAAGAUAAUUUUCCUUUUGAUCCUCCGUUUGUGCGGGUGGUGUCGCCUGUGCUGUCUGGGGGCUACGUUCUUGGAGGAGGUGCCCUGUGCAUGGAACUUCUCACCAAACAGGGUUGGAGCAGUGCCUAUUCCAUCGAGUCUGUCAUCAUGCAGAUCAACGCCACUUUAGUCAAAGGAAAAGCCAGAGUGCAAUUUGGAGCCAAUAAAAACCAGUACAAUCUAGCCAGAGCACAGCAAUCCUACAAAUCCCUUGUCCAGAUCCAUGAAAAGAAUGGAUGGUACACACCCCCAAAGGAGGAUGGCUAAACCUUACUUUUGGCUGUUUUUUGGCAUUUUCUUUCCCUGCAACCAACAUUUUUAUUUUUUGUAACCAUGCAAACCAUUUUGAACAUUUGUGAAGCCAAAUUCCUUUUCCAGUGACAAACCAACCGACCAACCAGAAACAAGCACAUACACAACCUUUCCCUUCUGCCUGUGGACGUUCAUCUUGUCGUCGCAUAUUUAUCUCCGUACGUCUGAGCCACCAUAGCAAUGCUUGCAUCCCAUACAUCAAAGAAAAAUAGUGGAUAGCUCUGACGCUCCUGUUUGGAUCUGGAUGUUGCUGAGGUUGGUGGCUAAUUUUUAACCCAAUGAUGCCACAUGCUUGCCUUUUUGGCUCCAGACCCCGGUCUAAGCGUACUGUUGGACCACACCAUAAUUGGGAAAUGGGCCAAGGGGAUGUUUGUGACGCUAGCUUGCAUUUGGACUUCAUGUGAAAGCCCGAAGCUUCGAGAUGGAAGGAAGAUAGAGACCUUUUGCGAAGCGGACCCGGCACAAAAAAACCCUGCAAAAGGGCAGGUGGAACCUGCCGAACCAGAGGGUAUCAGAUCACACUGUAAUCUCGUUGUUUUUAACACCACACGUGUAUACAUGUACAUUUGUAUUUCUGCAAGAGGAUUAAAUUGUCUAUAAUGUAGCCUCGUCCGGGCACAGACUGGUACUUGUGUGGCCGCAACUAUCAACAGCAGCUUCCCUCUUAGAACAAGAAAAAGAAGCUGCAUUAUGAAAACUAAAGUAUGGCAUAUUCGUAUGUAAGCCUAAUGACUACUGCAUUUUUUUUUUUUCUUUUAAUAGUAAUUUGUAACGGUGUUAUUGGUGACAAUGACAUUCCCAUUUUCUUUGUUUGAUGGCACCUCUUAAGUCCGAGCCGUGACUGGCAUUUUGGCGAAUCUCUUUGUCAUUCCUGAAACCGGACGAACCUCAAGUCAGGCUAUGCAUUGAACUAACAGGUUAGGUGAGUCAUCCAUUCACACAAGUCAGUUCUUCCUUCAUGAUAGUCUGGAGGUGAGGAAUCGUGACCUUGACGUAUCCUUGAUUUUGUACAUUUAGCUUUCCUCUGCCAGGUUUUCACCAAAUCACAGCAAUAGUCUCGACUUUGCUCCAGUAUGCUACUUCCCCAUUCUAGACACCACAGAGCUCCCUCAUUUGUGAUCUUAAGUGGUUUGUAUUCCAAAAACUCAUUCCAAUACCGUACUCCAUCGUUGGAUGUUCUCUGGUGACACCGGCAUACCGUAUUUCCUCACAUAGUGGCCUUCACUCUAAUAGAGGACGGAUCUCAAAUUUGUUGCUGCGUGGAUCAUCACCUUCAGCAAAGACUUUUCAUUUUUGCCAUUUAGUAAAGCCACAUUUGCGCACACUUUAAUUCGGUACGCCACAUCCUGAAUUGUUUAUACUUAGACAAACUAGGGCACAAAAACAAAUCACUUAAUGAAAGAACAACAAAAUACACAUUUGUUUGGUCUUAUGGCCAUGCAACACUCACUGCACUGUUCAGGCAGGUCGGAACCAUGUUGAGGAUUAGUUCCGCCUAUAACUUGACUACAUAAAUUAUACGAACCAAGACUAAAAGGACACACAAAUUGAUGGAAAACUGCACAAAUGUUUAUGAUUGAAGUAAAAUCUCUUGGUCGCCACAUCAAUAGAGCUUCAACCUUCCUUCAAACGCCUGGCAAUGGAGUAAAUUAUCCACUAUUUGAGGAAAUACGGUCAUUUUUAGUACAACAUCAAAAAACAGCGUAGGUAGCUUCAUCACUCGUACAUAAAAUAGAUAAACCUCAACCACAAAAGCUGUGGUGUGUUCUUGUCAGAAGUGUCAUGUCUGUACGCUGGUCUUCAUGUCCUCUCAAAAUGGCACAGAUGCCAUCUACGCUCACGCCGGCAUCCUGUGGAGACACAAACUCAGGAAUACAUACUGCGGACGAGCUAAGGAUCGUCAAUAUCUGCAUCACAUGCAAGCUUGAAAAGACCGCCAUCUCUUCGAUAAUGGCUGUGCAUGAUAAUAUAUCCAAGGGGGUCUCAGAUGCUACAGUUAGUGAAGGCAAAGAGACCUUGUUGUGUUAACAUAUCAAUUUAUCUUCAAUGCAUUGCUUAUUGAACCCACCAGGUUAGAUGCAUUUAGACAGUUCUGACCCAGCAUCUGUACCCCCUGAGCUAACCCAGGAUUGUUAACCUCCAAGUCUGAUGUGCACUGCUCCCCCAAGGCUGAUGUUUCCAACAAACAUCACGACUUACCGAAUUCUGCUCCAGUAAACCGCAAUAUCCGGGUUCUUAAGUUAUGCACUGGUUAGCAUGCUUUGGUUACAGUUCUGAUUUUUGUUUUAUUUUCCAUUGCAAGGGUGAAUUUGACCGUGUAAAGUAAUUUGUAAACUUGCAUCAAGUUUAUGAAUAAAGAAUUUUAUGAAAUAUCUCAACAGUUGUGUUCAUCAGUGCCAUCCAAUGAAAAACAUGUUUCUCCAUCUGCAACAAGAUAUUGAUUAAUGUUGGACGGAAACAUGCUUGAUCUUCUUCAGUACCUCUGGUCAUUGUUUUUACGUGAGCUCACCACGGAUGGCCCAUACACGAUUGGCCUACCAUGUGUUUUCAUAGAUAACCCACUGUUUUUUUCAACAGUGAUUAUUUGCAA